GAAAGCAGAGUGGGAGCGUUUCCUGACAGCGGAUGGAGACAGAACCACAGCGGCGUGAUUAGAGGGCAGCGAUCGGCUGCACUUCCUGCCCCGUCCCACGCUUGUCCCAGCACACCUUGUGGGGGGGGCUCAUAGACCCAGUGGCCGUCUAGUUCUGAGGUACUGGGAAUGCUGGUAAGUGCGGAGCCGCACUGGGCCAAUAUCCUAGCGCCUCUCCUCUUUCAUUUGGUCUCAUUUAGUAUGCAAGGGAUCUGAGCUCAUAGACCCUCACAUGCCUGAGACCCCAGACUACAGGGUGCUGUUCGGAUUGUGUGGUCUGCAGGCAAGUCAGAAAUGCCAGCAGAAACUGAACAGGCUGAGCAAAUUCACUGUGUUGCUCCGCGGUUAGGUCUCUGUGCCUGCGACGGGAAGGAGGUCAGUCCGAAUAUCGUGCUCUGUGAUAUAAAAUGUUCAUACCUUUUCAUCUCUAGUACAAAUAUAGCCAUUUCCUCAGCAUGUUUAACAUCUUUCUCACUGUGUCUCCUAGUAUCAGAAUGCUGUCCUUUUUCUGUAAAAUGUUUAAGCCAGUGUUUCCCAAUCUGGACCUCAGAGACCUGCAGACAGUCUACGUUUUUGCUCCACCUGGGAGGGAGCAAAAACAUGGACCGGCUGUAGCUCCCCAAGAUCUGGGUAGGGAAUCACUGAUCUAGCCGAUUUACAAUCUGCAGGCUACGUACCACAGCACAGAGAGCAUAGAGGCAUGCACUCAGUGAACGACACGAUGCAUCGCAGGGGUACUGGCAGAUAUCUCUCAGCAUGCUGGGACGUGCUUGAUCACACCAACCGCAAGUUAACCCGUGGGUGGGAGAAACCUUAAAAAAGUUGGUUACUGUGAUUGUGACCUGGUAAUCCAGGUUGUAAUAGCAACUAGGCUUGGAAGAAGGAGCCGUCAGUGACCCGUGUUAGUGCUGGUGUCUCUUGUUUAUUCACCAUGUCGCUUUGCUCUAUGUAUCUGGUUUUGAAGUUUAGCAGCUAUCAUAAGGUUUGUGUCCGGUGUGAAAAUAUCAAUAAUGUUUCAGGAAAUGUAUAUAAGCACUGAAGAGACUGAAUCAGAAACACCGUGGUAGGAAGAUGGUCCAUUUCAGAUGUACAUCAGCAUGAAAGGUCCUGAUUCAGCCUGACAUCGCUUCCCCGUGAGACUCGGCUCUGAGUGCUGCAGCUAGAACAUCUUGAUCUGGUUUUCCCGAGAAUCACCAGCGACACGGAAACUCGACUGAUUUUACAAGGGACUCUGCAGAAAAGUUUGCCAUAAGCUCUGUGAUACUAACUUGACUCUCAAACAAAGGUAUGGCUUCAGCUACCAUUCAGAUGUCUGAGGGACAUUUGCAGUGCUCAAUAUGUUUGGAAGUGUUCUCCUGCCCUGUGUUUAUCCCAUGUGGCCACAGUUUUUGUAAAGACUGCAUCUGUCAGCAAUGGAGCGGUAACGACAAACAGCAGUGUCCGGUGUGCAAGACAACAUUCGACGAACCAGUUAAUCUUAAUGUAAAUGUUGCUUUGGCUGAGAUCACCAAGGAAUUGCGACAGAAGCGACUGAAACGGUCAUUUGAGUCCAGUGGUGUGGUCUGCGAUGUCUGUGUUGGUGAGCAGCUUGAUGCCGUGAAGACUUGCCUGCAGUGCCUCUCAUCUUACUGUGACAGCCAUGUUCAGGAACACCUGACCCAAUUUGAGGAGCAUGAGCUGGUCAGCCCGUUGGAGAACCCAAAGGACAGAAUCUGUGAGGUGCACAGCAAGCUCCUCGAGAUGUUCUGCAGGGAGGAUGAUAUGUGUGUUUGCGUGCUGUGUGCUGAGGUGGACCAUGAGAUGCAUCACCUUGUGCCAGUAGAGAGUGAGAGGACUGAGAAGAAGACCUGUUUGAGGAACACUGAGCUUGAGGUCAAGCAGAAAAUCCUGGACCGCCUGAAGAAGGUGGAGGAGCUCAGAAGACUAGUUAUGCUUGGUGAGAAGAAUACAGAGAAAGAGAUUGAGGAAGGUGUUCAGGUGUUUACUACUCUGAAGCAGACUAUUGAUAUUUGUCAGGCCAGUCUCAUCAAUGAGAUUGAGCAGAAGCAGAGAGCAGUGCAGCAGAGAGCAAAGGAACUCAUUCAGGCUCUCAAGAGCGAGAUCACUGCGUUGAAGGAGAAGAGUGCUGAGCUGAAGAGGUUCUCCAACAACAAGGAUCACAUCAACUUCUUACAGAACUUCUCAGCUGUCUGUGCUCAUCCAGAUACACAAGACUGGUCUGGUGUUUCUAUUCACACUGUCAUGUGUGUGGAGACUCCUAGGCUUCUCCUGUCCGUGCUGAAGGAGCACGUAAAACAGCUGGAGACCAAAAUCAUUCAGGCUGAGUGUGACAACGUCAAGAAGCACGCAGUGGUUGUUACCCUGGACCCCAGUACUGCACAUCCCAACCUAGAGGUGUAUGAAAAUUGUACAAAAGUAAAGUAUACUGCCGACGGCCAGAGAGACAACAGUCCGAAGAGGAUUUCCCUUUUCAGUUUUGGUGACGUCCAGAGAGACAACGUUCUGAAGAGGUUUUCUUUUUUCAAAGCUGUUCUAGGAAAGAAUGGCUUCACCUCGGGCAGACAUUAUUGGGAGGUUCAAGUAAAAAAUGCAUCUUGUGGUUUAGGUGUGGCUGUCGAAUCUGCCAUAAGGAAGAAAUCAGUUCAGUUAUCACCAGAAAAUGGUUUCUGGGUUGUUACCAACAGAAAUGAAAAUUUUAAGGCAUUGAGAAAGACUUUUAUACCCAGCCAAGUGGGUGUGUAUGUGGACUGUGAAAAAAGUCUGAUCUCCAUUUAUCAUAUGAACUCAAAGAGUCAUUUACAUACUUUCUCAAAUGUCACCUUCACUGAGAAACUCUACCCAAUCAUCAUCAUUUUUAGUAAAGACGAAGACCCAGUGAUGGUCUGUCCUGUUCCUGCUGCUGCAAAUUAAUGGGUUUAAAAAGGGAGAGAAGUGUCCCUUUGCCGGUCUGCAGGGGGCGCUUGUCCGUCAGGAGGCACAAGCAGAGGCACCCUAGGCAAUUUAGAGGGUAUGUAAAAUUUAGACAAUCUUCAUGUUUUUAGCAAUUUUUAGAAGCAGGAGCUAUCACAUUAACUUCUUUUUUUUUAUUAUUUUGCUUAUGUGCAUAUACAUUUGGGUAUUGUCACUGUCAUGGCGCUCUUCAUACUGAAAGUAAAAUUAAUCUUGUCUGUCAGGUUUGACUGCCAGGUUGAUAUACUCUUGCUUCGAACAUAAUCCUGAGAUUAUUUUUUUUUUAGUCGUAAUGUAAAUAAACUCGGAGAUCCCUGGCCUGUACUAUAUGAUUUCAUCAUUAUCAAUUUAUUUGUUUAAACUAAAACACAAACUAUAAAUGUUUUUCCUUUGAUGGUGUGUAACGCAGUGAGCCCCAGCGGAUGGGUUGGGCAGAGCAGAAUGAUGGACAAACGCAACAGAAGUCUUCAAAAAAUAGAUGUUUAUUUGUAGGCUACCGGCAGGUGACAAAACUGACAUAAAACAAAAAAAACACUGAUUUCAAACACAAACAAAAUUCUGGGACAAUACCCACGUUAACUUCCACGCAGAACAGUCCAACACGAUCUCUCACUGCAGAAGCAAAUCUCUCGAAUGAGCCACGCAGGACAUAUUUGAAACGCUAGGCAACACCAUUGACUGUUUUAAAAUCAAUCAACUGCUAAACACAUGAUUUUACCAUCUUAAACAUUUUACCUGAACGGAAUACAUUUUAGAUUCAAUGUACAAGUUAUAAAAAUAUCAGGCAACACUUCCUUAAUAAAAUAACAAAAAGUACCAUGAACCCCCCUGCUCUCCGGUUUCUUGGAGCACACCCGGAAGAGUGACACAGGUAACUGGCUACAAACAUUUUAACAAAGUGAAUUGUAGUAAACAUGCAAAUGUUCUGAUGGUAAAUUGUGCGCACCUUAAAGAACCUUUACAUGGGUAUUGUUUACUAUGAACUCGAAUAAAUGUUUGUACUACGGACAA